GUGAGCGGCAGUAUGAUUCUUGGGCGAUGCUGUCCGCCGCAGCCGGCAUGGGCGGCGGAGGGGUCUACGUGCCGCUGCUGCUCCUCCUCUGCGGCUUCAGCACGCAGGAGGCCGUGCCGCUGUCGCAGGCGAUGAUCGUCGGCGGUGCCGUCGUCAACAUCGUCAUGUUCUGCGGGGAGCGGCCCGCGGAUCCACGCAGGCCAAGAAUCGAUUACGACGUCGUCAUGAUGCUGAAUCCCGGUCUGGCCGCAGGAGGGCGUCACACUCGGCGUCAUGGUCAACAUUAUCAGCCCGCAGUGGGUGAUCGUCCUGGUCCUCAUCGUGACGCUCGUGCUCGCCCUGCAGAAGUCCUACAGCAAGGGGAUCGCGCAGUGGAAGCAGGA